AUGGUCAAUUUCACCACAUCAUUUGGUGAUCAAGUGAUAUUUGAUGAGAAUGGUGAUGCCCUGCCAAUAUAUGACAUCAUGAACUGGUUGUGGCUCCCUGAUGGACGAGCUAAAGUUCAGAAUGUGGGUGAGGUCAAGAGGUCAGCCUCCAAAGGGGAAGAACUCACACUUUUUGAGGACAAAAUCUUCUGGAGCUUUGGAGAGUUUUUCCUACAGCCACCUCGAUCAGUGUGCAGUGAGAGCUGUCCUCCAGGUACCCGUACGGUCAGAAAGAAGGGGAAACCUGAAUGCUGUUUUGACUGCAUCCCUUGUUCUGACGGAGAGAUCAGCAAUAAGACCAACUCCAUGAAGUGCACCAGUUGUCCAGAGGAUUUUGCAUCCAGUCCUCAGCGUGACCACUGUGUUCCGAAGAAAAUCGAGUUCCUCUCCUACCAUGAGCCUCUGGGUAUCUGCCUGACAAGUACCUCAUUAUUGGGCACAUUUAUCUGUGCUGCUGUCCUGGGUAUUUUCAUCCAUCAUCGCAGCACACCUGUGGUACGUGCCAACAACUCAGAACUGAGCUUUCUGAUUUUGGUGUCACUGAAACUAUGCUUCCUGUGUUCGCUGCUGUUCAUUGGACGACCCAGACUGUGGACAUGCCAACUGAGACAUGCAGCGUUUGGGAUCAGCUUUGUGCUUUGUGUCUCAUGCAUCCUGGUCAAGACCAUGGUGGUUCUGGCUGUUUUCAAGGCCUCCAAGCCAGGAGGUGGAGCCAGUCUCAAGUGGUUUGGUGCUGUGCAGCAGAGAGGAACAGUUUUAGUUCUUACUUGCAUUCAGGCAGCCAUCUGUGUUGUGUGGAUUGUCUCGGCAUCUCCACUGCCUCACAAAAACACUCAGUAUCACAGUGACAAGAUAGUUUAUGAGUGUGUGGUUGGUUCCACUGUUGGUUUUGCUGUGCUAUUGGGUUAUAUUGGAUUUCUGGCCAUCCUCAGCUUCCUGUUAGCAUUUCUGGCCAGGAAUCUUCCCGACAACUUCAAUGAGGCCAAGCUCAUCACUUUCAGCAUGCUGAUCUUCUGUGCUGUGUGGGUGGCCUUUGUUCCUGCUUAUGUCAACUCCCCAGGAAAAUAUGCAGAUGCAGUGGAAGUAUUUGCCAUCCUGGCCUCCAGUUUUGGCCUCCUGGUGGCCCUGUUUGGACCCAAAUGUUACAUAAUUCUGCUGAGACCAGAGAGGAACACAAAGAAAGCAAUCAUGGGUCGAGCCACCUCUCAGUCAUGA